AUGUCGACACAGUUUGCUGCACCAAAUGUCAGCAAAGAUGACUUGAUGACUUUUUCCGAGACGCACUUCUCAGAUGCGGCACUAGGGAGGUUUAAAUCCGAUUUUUUCAAUCCAAACCAGCAAUCGGAUGCUGUCAACUCUGGCCCCUCGUUCGAAGAAGAUGGCGACAUCAUUGAGGAAGACGAUGGCCUCGGCUACUACUCUGACGGCGUGAAGCGCACGCUCACUGAUGAGCAAAUCGCCAUGUUUCGACACUCCGAGCUUGAAGCUCUGAGGCGAGAGCAGGAGCGAGCUGCUGAGCGCCGCUCAACGGUACCGUAUCCGAACCAAGCUGGUGAGGCCGGCAAUGAUGGCAGCCUGAAGGUUACCGAGUCGUCUCACCAGCCGGCCAAGGCAACCAAGAACAAGAAGAAGAGAAAGGGAGGGAAGGGCAAGCCUCAAGAGCCUAAGCCCGAUCUCCGUAAACGGACCUGGGACGUCGUCGAAGCAGGGCUCGACACUCUCGACUAUGAUUGA